AUGUAUCCUUAUAACAAUAACUACUAUCCAGCUCCUCAAUAUUAUGUACAGCCGGUGUACAACUAUGUACCUUACGCCUAUUCAAACUGCUAUUACAAUAAUUCAUCCUACCCGUACAACGUAAACUCGAACCCUAUGCCAUCUUAUCAGAAUUACAAUAAUGGCGGACCAAGCUAUCCGAUGCAAUCGUAUGGUUAUUAUGAAGCACCUCCCCAAGAUUACUAUUCCCAGCAACAUUAUAAUUCUCAAAAACAAAGUCUGCAACAGCAAUAUGCCUUGCAGGUGCAACAACAAAGAAUUGAGCAAGAACGACCACAAAGAAUUGAGCAAGAACGACAAAAAAGAAUUGAGCAAGAACGACAACAAAGAAUUGAACAAGAACGACAACAACGUGCCUUCAUACAUGUUCAAAAAUACCGCCAUCAUCGCAACGAGACAUCAACAUGUCACUUAAUUUGCGUAACAGUGUUAUCCGAACUUAUGCUUUGA